AUGAACACCACUCUUUCCAUUAUUUCCAUAGAGCGAACUGAAGCUUCUAUAAAUCAGCUCAAUCUACCAUUCGACGAUGAUGAAUCGGCCGCGCUCUUCCGCGCGUUCACCAACCAGGAUUGGGAAGGGCUUGGACCAAACUCUGGGCUGCACAACAAUAACACUUCAGAUGAGGCAGGUACGAUAAAGCUUUUAAAUGACGUGGACCGCACUCUUUCUCCACUACCGUUCAUUACUCUCGACAUAUCAGAUCAUGAGAUAAGCAUGCACACCAAUACCAACAGUGAUGGCUCCAGAUCGACUACCGAACUACCUGAGUCUACGACGGACACUGACUCGGUUAUUGAGAGGAGCCAAGCAAAGUCAUCCACGCCGCCCACGCCGAAAGUUCCAACGCCGCCCUCCACACCAGGCCCUCCAUGUCUUGGAGUCCCGUCUGCCGCCAGCCCGUCGAUUUCUUAUUCAAGGCCUAUGCAUGGCUGUCUGGAACAAAGCUCCUACCUGACCACAGGCUUCCAAGCUCCAGGACUUGCCCAAAUUUUUGGAUUCCCUGUACCGGCACCAAUGCAUAAUGUUACGGAGUAUCCUGGACAGCCGCCAAUAUUUCAUCCACUGGUCUACCCGCCACCGCCUCCAAACUAUCACUUAAUGGAGUAUUACGGCCAGUUUUCACCUUAUAAUCAAAUCAUGUAUCCCCCUGUUGGGUUCCCACCAGUACAGUUCUAUCCAACUAUUCCACCUGCAGUUUCUCCACCUCGGGUACCCACACAACCUUGUCGACCUGCGCCUCCAAAGAGAACAUUUGAAUUCAUUGACCCAACUGUACCUGCGGACUUUGUCGCCAACCCAAAUAAUCACGGUCGAUGGCAGUACGACCAAAAUGGCAACAGACAUUACCUGAAUGCACCAAAGAAUAAGAAACCGCGUGUUCGCGCAGAGUGA